GAGGAGGAGGAAGAAAGGAGCGUCACGAGUUUACCGGGUUCCACCGGUCUGUCGUUCAUUCAUUUGAACACAGGCUGCCAGGCUGCAGUGACAGUGGUCUCACCUCACACUGACAGCACCUCGCCAGUCGCAGUAAACAUGGCGGGUUACAUCAAAGCUUUGACGGCCGCGUCCAGAUGUGCCGCUGCUGCCCUUUCGCACAACCCCGCCGUGCUCUCACCGGCCGCCGCCUGCCCUCACAGACUCCAGCGGAGGAACUAUGCCACAAGACGCAUCAAGGUGGACCAGCCGGUGGUGGAGAUGGACGGAGAUGAGAUGACUCGCAUCAUAUGGGAGUUCAUCAAGGCGAAGCUUAUCCUGCCCAAUGUUGACGUCGAGCUGAAGUACUUUGACCUGGGUCUGCCCUACCGUGACCAGACAGAUGACCAGGUCACCAUUGACUCUGCUCUGGCAACUAAGAAAUACAACGUGGCUGUCAAGUGUGCCACCAUCACCCCGGAUGAGGCUCGAGUUGAGGAAUUUAAGCUCAAGAAGAUGUGGAAGAGUCCCAAUGGAACCAUCAGGAACAUCUUGGGCGGCACAGUUUUCCGCGAGCCAAUACUUUGUAAAAACAUCCCUCGCCUUGUUCCCGGGUGGACACAAGCCAUAACGAUAGGCAGGCAUGCUUUUGGCGAUCAGUACAGGGCCACAGACUUUGUUGUCAACCAGCCUGGCAAGUUCAAGAUUGUGUUUUCCCCAGCUGAUGGAGCCCAGCAGAAGGAGUGGGAUGUGUAUGACUUUACCUCAGGGGGCUGUGGGAUGGGGAUGUACAACACUGAUGAGUCCAUCAGUGGAUUUGCUCACAGCUGCUUCCAGUAUGCUAUCCAGAAGAGGUGGCCUCUGUACAUGAGCACCAAGAACACUAUCCUCAAGGCCUACGACGGGCGCUUCAAAGACAUCUUCCAGGACAUCUUUGAGAAGAAAUACAAGCCAGAGUUUGACAAGCUGAAGAUCUGGUAUGAACACCGUCUCAUUGAUGACAUGGUGGCCCAGGUCCUGAAGUCUUCUGGAGGAUUUGUUUGGGCCUGCAAGAAUUACGAUGGGGAUGUGCAGUCAGACAUUCUUGCUCAGGGUUUUGGCUCUCUAGGUCUCAUGACGUCAGUACUAGUGUGCCCUGAUGGAAAGACUAUUGAGGCCGAGGCUGCCCACGGCACUGUCACCAGGCACUAUCGAGAACACCAGAGGGGAAAACCAACCAGUACCAACCCCAUUGCUAGCAUCUUUGCUUGGACCAAAGGGCUGGAGCACAGAGGCAAACUGGAUGGAAACCCUGACUUGAUAAAGUUCUCCCACACUUUAGAAAAGGUCUGUGUGGAAACGGUGGAAAGUGGUUUGAUGACCAAGGACCUUGCCGGUUGCAUCCAUGGCUUGGCCAACUGCAAGCUGAAUGAACAUUACAUCAACACAUCAGACUUCCUGGAUGCUAUCAAGACCAACUUGGACAAAGCUCUGGGCAGAUGAAGAACAACUAGAUGACUAGAUGUUUUUAUCAUUCAUUUGUAUGAUCCUUUCUUAUCCAAUUUUGAAGGACCUAAUUUUCAUAUUUUUCUUGAUAUUUUUGUAUUUGUAUCACAACAGAGACAUUACUGUGCCUGCAGCCCUCUGCCUUUCCUGUUGCCAGUGGUCACGUUUUGUAUUGCAUCAUUAAAUGAUUGUACUCUUAAGAAUUAAUAUAAAUGCUAAGGUUAACUUAAUAGUGGUAAUCUUAAUUUAAUUUAAUGGUAAUUUCAGAGAAGUUUCAGUCUUUCACAUUUAAAUAGAGGGUACCUCCAGAGAACAGUAUGUACAAACAAGGACACCGAAGACAUGUUUUGUCAGAAUGAAUAUUAAAAAGAAUGGUGAUUGCUAGUCACUCAGUAA